AGGAAAGCACACUCCCUCACAAACUCUCAAGAGUCAUAGCCACAGAUAGUAAUACAGCCUAACCUAGGUAGGAGAGAAAAAAUGGCUUUCAGCAGGGCAGCAAAGCUGGGCAUGGUCGUCGUUGCCGUGCUGCUGCUCUCUGCCCCGGCAGCCUUGUCCUUGCCGUCGUUGAUCUCCAUGCCCAACAACGACGCCGGGGGUCUGUCCUAUGACUUCCACGACGCGUCGUGCCCGAACCUGGAUCAAAUGGUGCACGAUGCCGUGAAGAAAGCAAAGGAGGCAGAUGUCGGUGUCGUUGCCGGCCUCCUCCGCUUGUCCUUCCACGACUGCUUCCCUCAGGGCUGCGACGCGUCGAUUCUACUGUUGAACAAGUUCUGGGGCGAGCUGAACAUGCCUCAGAACCACGGGAUCCGGCGGAGCGCGGUGCAUCUCAUCGAGGACAUCCGCAAGGCGGUGCACGAAGCCUGCGGCGCCACCGUCUCCUGCGCCGACAUCCUCAACCUGGCCACCCGGCAGGCCGUGAUGCAGUCCGGGGUGCCAGGGUACGAGGUGCCGCUGGGCCGCCUCGACAGCCCCUGGCCGGCCGCGCUCAAAAAGGUCCAGGAACUCCCGGGGCCCGGCUUCAACGCCACCGAGCUCAAGGAAUCCCUGGCCAGCCGCGGCCUCGACACGACCGACCUCGUGGCGCUCUCCGGCGCGCACACCAUCGGCAGGGCGAGCUGCCGGAGCUUCAGCGACCGGUUCCAUGAGAACAACGACGGCUUCGUCCGGAGGCUCCGGGACAACUGCACCGGCAAUGCCGACCGGCUGCAGGAGCUCGAUGUGACCACCCCGGACACCUUCGACAACAAGUACUAUAGCAACCUGGUGAACGGGGAAGGAGUGCUCAGCUCCGACAUGGCGCUCACCCGUGACGCCGAGACCGGCAUGUUGGUCCGCAACUUCGCCGGGAACCAAGGGUGGUUCUUCAGCCAGUUUGGGACGUCCAUGAGGAAGGUGGCGCAUCUGCCGGGAGCCCAGGAAGCCAACGGCCAGAUCCGGAGGUACAGCUGCUUCUGGAACAACGCGUGGGGGCCGGCCGGGCCGCCUGCCGCCUACCUUGCCGGCGAGGAGCUCCUCAAGGCCUCCGUUUGAUGUCGGAUCAUAUCACCCACAUUAAUAACAUGCACCAUGCGUGCGUUGACAACGUACCCUAGCUACCCGGAUGUUGUCAAAGGCACGUUUCUUUCUUUUUCUUUGCACACGCCAUGUAAUAAGAGCUAGCUAGCUAGGGCCAAGCUAUGACCCUUGUGGGCUGUUUGCUUGAUAGUAGUGUAUGCCAGCCGUGUGCGGGCCUAGUUUGUGUGUCACGUUUCAGCAACUAUAUGUACUGCCUUACAGUGCAAUAAUAGAGUUAAAGGGUUGCUAUA